AUGUCGCCACCUGCCGAUAUCGCCCCCUUGUGGUUCCAAUGCGACUAUCCAGACUGCAACGCAAAAUAUCGGCGUAAAGAGCACCUUAAUCGACACCGUAACCACCAUAAUGGGGAAAUCAAUCUUGCCUGUCCUUACUGUGAGAGUGUCCUGACUAGGAAUGAUCUAUUGCGGCGCCAUAUCCGGACUUACCACCCGCAGAGACAUGCGCCGCCGUCUCGAAAAUUGAGGGCAUGCAGUGCAUGUCAUGCACGGAAAGUCCGCUGCGAAGGCGUGCUACCAUGCAAUGCCUGUCAACAUCGAAACAUCAUCUGUGUACCUUCUGGAGGUGAAACCGCAGGUGAACAACAAAUUUGCGUUGAUCUCCGGCCCUCGCCACCUGUUCCCAUGAUUGAUGAUUCCGUUUCCGACGCUCCCCGGUGGAUUGCUCAUGACUAUAUCGAUAUUUAUUUUGAUUCUUUCCAUCCAGAAUGGCCUUUUCUCCAUCGAGGUACAUUUGACUUCGCCAAGGAGCCUUGUGUACUUGUUCAAUCUGUUGUCGCAAUUGGCCUAUGGGUGAAAGGGACCCGGGAAGCGCGAGACGCGUCAAUAAAGCUGCAUGGUAGACUUUGUUCUGCAUUUUACGCUCAAAUGGACCAAUGGUGCAUCUCCAACUCGAGUCCACGACAACGCAGAAGUACCCCGUGGCCUAUAACAACAUUCCAGAGCGUGCUCUUGAAUAUCAUCCUUGCCCUCUUUAUUGCAAGAGAAAAUGUUAGUAUGGAUUUGAGCAUGCGAUGCCGAUUGCGAGACGACAAAUACGAGCUCUUGACUGCCCUCGUUCGAAGCUGUCGACAGUGCGGUAUUUUCUACUAUCCUAACAUGCUUCUGCAACACGAAGCCGAUGCACCACUUGCGCUUGUAUAUGUGAGCGUCGAAGAGAUCAAGAGGUUUGGACUAGCACUCUAUAAGUUGUGCCGAUUGUCCACUUCCUUUCACUUAACCGGAGAAGGUGCCAACGGUGACAGAAACGCUCUAUUGACCCUGGCCGAUUUGUCCUUUUGCAUGCCAGACAGUGAUGAGCUGUGGAAUGCUGCAUUGGGUGCGGAGCCCGAAGUGUUGGGCAGGGUGGAUUCGUCAGCAGCUGGACGGGAUAAUGGAGAUGCGAAAAACUGGAUAUCUCAAGCGUCUACUCUUGUUGCGCAUCAUGUCUGGAACAUUCACAACACACAGUCCAUGUUUCCAGCGUACACCUCCAGACAUUUUUGUGUCAUGAGAGAUGAGGUUCGGCGAGACCUAGCCGCUCUUCGGCUUGUCAACAAAGCUUUCUGCAGGAGCGCUUCGCGGUGGCUGUUCAUGCACAUCAAUGCAAAGUCUAAAUCUCGCACUUUGCCAAUACCGCCGCUGACAAGGAUCUCGAGAAUAUCCCAGAGUCCAUAUGCUUUCCACGUGCGCCAAAUUGAUUUUGGAUAUUCAGAAGACGAUGGCUCAUAUGUCGAAGACCUGUCGGCAACAUUAUCAGAUCUUCUCGUCAAGUUCCCCAACCUUGCUGCUCUUGAGUUUGAUGGGCCUUGCUUGCCGCGGCCUCCCUCGUCGCUUCUCCAAGCUCAAGAAACACUUUAUAUGGAUACGAUUGCGUCGGUGUUACAUUACGUGCCGCUUCCGAAUCUCAAGGAACUUGUAAUCAGGUUAUCUGUCACGCAAGACUCUGCACGUUUCUUCCCAGAGCGUCCCAGUCCUUCGCAGAUCCCGCUUGGAGACAUCUUCCGACGUCUCCGUUAUCUUGCGCUAUGCAACGAUGAGGAGAUAUGGUACGCGCGAAGCACGCCGGCGGAGCCUGCUGGUUUUCCAGAAGAUACAUUUACAUCAUCCUUUUUCAGAAUGGCUGAAGCUGCAUCGAAUCUUGAAUCGCUUUCGAUACAAUCCUUGGACGUUUUAGAUGUUGACAUUCUCGCCUCGUCUCUUUCUCUUCGCCUGCGCUCCCUCUAUUUACUUGGGAUUUCUAUCUCAUCUGGCAUUCUUCUGCAGCUGAUUGAUACGGAUUCCGCACGGGAACUAUCAGAUUGCAGUCUGUGCCUGGUCAGAUUGAAGUCUGGAACAUGGCCAGAGGUGUUCUUGCAAAUGCUCAAGUUGCCACGUCUCGUUGAGUUUUGCAUCCAUCGCAGCAGUUGCGCACCCACAAACCCAAAUUCACAGUUGGUGCUCAGACAGCCAGUGGAUGCUGGGCACAGUUCGCAAAAUACAGCGGCGAAUGACCCCGACAACUCUGCGCUAAGAGCAUUACUGGAACACGUCAAUUCGAACAGGCUCGCCAGAGGAAUCCGGCCCUACGAUGACACUGAGUAUCGAACAAUGCCGAGGAGGUACAUGGCUUGA